CAAGUACCAUAUGUAUGAGAAGGGAAAUUUUAAGGAGUCUUUAUGUGAAGAUGCUCAAGGAUUGCUUGCUUUGUAUGAAGCAUCUUAUAUGCGGGUGGAAGGCGAAAAAGUACUAGAUGAUGCCCUCGAGCUCACUAAAACUCACCUUGCUAUCAUAGCAAAGGAUCCUUCUUGCGACUCUUUAUUGAGAACCCAAAUACAAGAAGCACUAAAGCAGCCUCUCCGGAAAAGGUUGCCAAGGCUAGAGGCCGUGCGUUACAUACCUAUUUACCAACAAGAUGUUUCCCACAAUGAGGUCUUACUGAAGCUUGCAAAGUCCGAUUUUAAUGUCCUUCAAUCAAUGCACAAGGAGGAACUUAGCCAAAUUUGCAAAUGGUGGAAAGACUUGGACAUGCAAAAGAAACUACCUUAUGUUCGAGACAGAUUGAUAGAAGGCUAUUUUUGGAUACUGGGGGUCUAUUUUGAGCCUCAACAUUCUCAUACGAGAAUAUUUUUAAUGAAAACCUCCAUGUGGUUGAUUGUGCUGGAUGACACAUAUGAUAACUAUGGAACUUAUGAAGAACUAAAGAUCUUUUCUGAUGCUGUUCAAAGAUGGUCAAUGAGCUGCUUGGAUUUGCUUCCAGAGUAUAUGAAACUAAUAUACCAAGAACUUUUGAAUCAUCACCAAGAAAUGGAGGAAUCACUUGAAAAGGAAGGAAAAACAUACCAGAUCCACUAUGUGAUAGAGAUGGCAAAAGAGGUGCUUGAAAACAACUUAGUUGAAGCUAAAUGGUUAAAAGAGGGGUACAUGCCAACUCUUGAAGAGUACAUGUCUGUUUCAAUGAAGACUUGUACCUACGGCUUGAUGAUAGCGAGAUCCUUUGUUGGUAGGGUUGAUAAUAUGGUCACUGAAGACACCUUCAAAUGGGUCGCCACAUAUCCUCCUAUUAUUAAAGCUGCAUGUUUGGUUUUAAGGCUAAUGGAUGAUAUUACCACCCACAAGGAGGAGCAAGAAAGAGGCCGUGUAGCUUCAAGCAUCGAGUGCUACCAAAAAGAAACCGGUGCAUCCGAGAAGGAAGCAUGUGAAUUUAUCUCUAACAUGGUUGAAGAUGCAUGGAAAGUUAUAAAUCGAGAGUCGCUCAGACCAACCGACAUCCCAUUUCCUCUACUACCGUCCACAAUCAACUUUGCUCGUGCGUGUGACGUCAUAUAUAAAGUCAACGACAGCUACACUCAUGCUAGGAAGGAGAUGAUAAAUCACAUCAAAUCGCUAUUGGUUCACCCAUUAGCUAUUUAAGAUUCAAGACUAAAUGCAUGGUGUUUGUCUGUGUUAACAAAUAUAGUUGUUGUAAUGUAUUUUUCUUAGGCUUAUUGUGUGUGUGAUAAGCAUAUAUUUCUGGCCAUGCACGUACGUUGUUCUAUGUGCAUGCCAUACUACGUGCCUGUCAUACCAUUGUUCCAAGUGAUGUUAUAAAAUAAAUGUUUGGUAAUAUAAUUGUUGUUUAAU